AACGGCGUGGCCCCCGCCCACGAGCUGCCCUCCCACAGCAUCGCGGCCACCACGCGAGCCCACGGGCUGGACAACGUGAAGGCACCGCUGUACCUGGACGUGACCUGGGGCUGGGAGCGCUGGGGCGGGACCCCGCCGCAGUCGCUGGACCUGGUGCUCUGCAUCAACAUGAUGCACAUCAGCGCCCUGAGCUGCACCGAGGGGCUCUUCAGAGCUGCAGGACACCUGCUCAAACCCAAGGCUCUGCUCAUCACCUACGGACCCUACGCAGUCCAAGGGAAGAUCUCGCCCCAGAGCAAUGUGGACUUCGACCUUACCCUCAGGUGCAGGAACCCAGAGUGGGGGCUGCGGGACACAACCCUGCUGGAGGCCCUGGGCCAGGCCAGUGGCCUGUCCCUGGAGAGGAUGGUGGACAUGCCUGCCAACAACAAGUGCCUGAUCUUCCGCAAAGAGUGACCCUCCUGCAGCCCUGCCGCGGGCCCCGCCGAGUGAACCCCAGACCACCAGCUUCCGUCUCCCUGGGUCUGGGCUUUGGUCAGUGCCCCUGGAGCUGCUAAGAGCCUAGACCCUGCCUGCCCCAGAAUAAAGUCCCCUGCUGCCUCCUGCACCACCUCCUGGGGGUGCAGGGUGGGCAGGACUGGUGGCA